AUUUCUAUGGAUGAAUGUUUGCCGGUUCAUUGCUCAUUGAUUCAUCGAGACGAAGAUGGAGAAGAUCUGUGUCGCAGUCAGGGUAAGACCACCGGCGCCGGAAUUAUCGCAGGAAAAUGGAUCUUCACUCUGGAAAGUUGAAGAUAAUCGGAUCUCUCUUCAUAAAUCACUUGAUACUCCAAUCACAACCGCUUCUUAUGCUUUCGAUCAUGUGUUCGACGAAAGUUCUACGAAUGCUAGUGUCUAUGAACUUCUUACUAAGGAUAUUAUUCAUGCCGCCGUCGAGGGUUUUAAUGGUACUGCAUUUGCUUAUGGGCAAACUAGUAGUGGAAAGACGUUUACGAUGACGGGUUCUGAAACUGAUCCAGGAAUUAUUCGAAGAUCUGUUAGAGAUGUGUUUGAAAGAAUUCAUAUGAUAUCUGAUCGCGAGUUUCUCAUCCGGGUUUCGUACAUGGAAAUUUACAACGAAGAAAUUAAUGAUCUUUUAGCUGUUGAGAAUCAGAGACUGCAGAUUCAUGAACAUUUGGAGCGUGGAGUGUUUGUUGCUGGUCUCAAGGAAGAAAUUGUUGGUGACGCUGAACAGAUUCUAAAGCUUAUAGAUUCUGGAGAAGUUAAUAGGCACUUUGGGGAGACAAACAUGAAUGUUCAUAGUAGCAGGUCUCACACCAUCUUCAGAAUGGUGAUUGAGAGCAGGGGAAAAGAUAAUAGUUCUUCAGAUGCUAUUCGUGUCUCAGUCUUGAAUUUGGUUGACUUGGCUGGAUCUGAGCGAAUUGCUAAAACUGGUGCUGGUGGAGUACGCUUGCAAGAAGGGAAGUACAUUAAUAAGAGCUUAAUGAUUCUUGGUAAUGUCAUCAAUAAACUAAGUGACAGUGCAAAGCUAAGGGCACAUAUUCCAUACCGAGAUAGUAAGCUGACUCGAAUUCUUCAGCCUGCACUUGGUGGUAAUGCAAAGACCUGCAUUAUAUGCACUAUCGCACCAGAAGAGCAUCAUAUUGAGGAAUCGAAAGGAACUCUCCAAUUUGCAAGCAGAGCGAAGCGCAUCACCAACUGUGCUCAAGUGAAUGAGAUCUUGACUGAUGCCGCUUUAUUGAAGCGCCAAAAGUUAGAGAUAGAAGAGCUACGCAUGAAGCUUCAGGGAUCUCAUGCCGAAGUGUUGGAACAAGAGAUCUUAAAAUUAAGCAAUCAGAUGCUGAAGUAUGAGUUGGAAUGUGAAAGGCUGAAAACACAACUGGAAGAAGGGAGAAGGAAGCAGAAGGAACAGGAAAAUUGCAUCAAGGAACAACAGAUGAAAAUUGAGAACCUGAACAAUCUUGUCACUAAUUCUGACUUUAAGAUGAACCAGUCAGAGGACUUUAUCAUUUCAAGAAAGACUCCAGAUGGGCUAUGCAAUAUCAAUGAUAUCAGCGAUGUUACUGGAACCCCUUGCUUUAAAUCAGCUUCCCGUUCCUUUGUGGUUGCUCGGUCAAAUAAUUAUUCAGGACUAUCUGAUUUUAGUCCGAUGGUUCAUUCCCUGGGGGACGUGGCCGAUGAAGACACUUGGAUGAAACUAAACAAGGGUUUUGUUGCAGACCUUGAUCAAAUCCAGUUUACACCUGCUGUCAAAUGUCAACCCACUCCGUUAAGUAUUGCAACCACGGCAUGCCCGCGUGAAAAUUACAUAGAGGUGGAAGAUCUCAAAAGUCAGAUUGAGUUGCUGACCAAUGAUAAAGACAGUCUUCAGGUAAAAUUCAACGAACAAGUACUUCUGAGCAACAAACUGAUGCAAGAGAUGUCUGAGCUCAAACAAGAAACGCUUACCAUGAAAGAAAUUCCGAAUAGGUUAUCUGAGUCAGUUGCUAACUGCAAGGACGUCUACAAGGAUGUUAUAGGCACAAUGAAGAGCUUAAUUGCUGACAAGGAAUCUCCAACGGCGAACCUGCUCUUGGGUACAACUGAAAUCACAACAAGCCUUCUGUCGACUCUAGAAACACAAUUCUCAAUGAUAAUGGAUGGUCAGAAAACGGGUAGUAGCAUAGAUCAUCCUUUCUAUGACCAAUGGGAAACACUUCGUGUGAGUCUGAAGAACACAACCACGUCGUUGCUGUCAGACGCACAAGCAAAAGAUGAAUUUCUUAACUGCCACAACAAGGGAAAAGAAACAGCUGCAUUGGAGGAGAAGAAACUGAAGUCUGAGCUCAGCAUCAUCAAGGAAAGAUACAACAAGCUCGAGAAAGAGUUGUGUUUGGAUAAACAACUUCUAGAAGCUUCAAGAGAAAGCCAUGAGAAGCUGUUAAUAGAGGUACAGUUCCUGAAGGAAGAAAGAGAUUCUUUAGAUAGAAAAAUCUCUCAAUCAACUCAGAGAUUGAGAGUGAUUGCAAGUGAUAAAGAGAAUGCUUUGAAAGAUCUUAAUGUGGAAGUCAAGAGGAGGAAAGAUAUGGAGGAAGAGAUUAAGCACAUCAGCAUUGCUUUCGCUACCAGGCACAAAUCUUUUGUGUCUUUUCACAGUGAAAUCAAGUCCAAAAUGCAGAAACUAACCACUCAAAACUCAAAAGCUCCGUAGCAAAAACAGUUGAGUUUAUUGAAUUUGUCUGUUUAAUUUAUCACCGGAUUCGCUAAUGUUGAUUAAGAAAGUGAAAAACCUAUA